AUGCAGGCGCCACUUUGGGUGAUCCGCAACUCAUGGGGCAGCGAGUGGGGCGCUGCAGGGCACAUGUUCAUGGACAUGCAGAGCGGGCCGGGCGUGUGCGGCAUCAACACACUGCCAGGCAUCUUCCCCAUCCUCCGAUCUACUGCCGACCCAUGUGGCAGCAAGUCAGUGAUGCUGGCGGGCUCACCGGGAGGGGCAGGGAGCAACGCGUUCAACCCGUGUGGGCAGUUCAAGUGCUCCAAGGCCGGAGCAUCCAACCGUUGUGCCUGUGAUGCUCCCCACUUCGUCCAGGCCUCCCACCCCGACGGCUCCAACACCUGCGCCUAUGGUGAGCCCACCCCACCCUCACACUACCUCACACCAAUCUGA